AUGUCCAGUAUAAGCUGGACCUUCGAGAGAAGCCGGAUGAACACCGUCACCGGGAGUAUACUUGGGUAUGGCAUCGAGCUUGUCGAAUGCGGCAAGCAUGUGAUCGAUAUAGGCAGUCUGGUCCAGGGUAAUAGAGUCAGGGAGCUGUCGUACACGAAAACCGACAAGAUGACGAGCCAAACCGAGGUUCUUCAUAAAGUAGGGAGCGCUAAGGACCCGGGACAGCCAUUUGUCCAUCCCGGAGAGUCGUUGAAUAGCAGGAAUAAUCUCAUCGACGUAGAUGAUGAGGAUGAUUUUAUAAUCAGCGUGCUACCAAACGGAUUCAUCAGCGGUAGAUCGUUCGAAAUAGAUGGAUUUAAGCUUUGUGGUGAUGUCGAUGUUCCAAAGGCGACCAGUUUGACGGAGACCAUCGAGGCCACGCUUGAGUCGGAGUACAUGCCCGGGAGGGUAGUAACCAAGGUCCACACUGCCGGUCGGGGGAUGCAUUAA